AUGGCUAUCAAAUACCUCAUCCUCCUUUCACGCCAGGGCAAAGUGCGAUUGGCAAAAUGGUUCACAACCCUUUCUCCCAAGGACAAAGCAAAGAUUAUAAAAGAUGUAUCGCAGCUGGUUCUGGCCAGACGGACACGGAUGUGUAACUUUUUAGAAUAUAAAGACACCAAGAUCGUUUAUCGCCGCUAUGCCUCCCUUUUCUUCAUAGCAGGUUGUGAUUCUACCGAUAAUGAACUCAUCACACUCGAAAUUGUGCAUCGUUAUGUCGAACAAAUGGACAAAUACUAUGGGAACGUGUGCGAGCUCGACAUAAUCUUCAACUUUCAGAAAGCGUACUUCAUUCUCGAUGAACUCCUUCUCGCUGGCGAGAUGCAAGAAAGCAGCAAGAAGAAUGUCCUUAGAUGUAUAGCCCAACAAGACAGUCUUGAAGAUAUGGAGUAUCUUCCGCUACGUGAUUUUGAAGACGUGACGAGCGCACUCAACUUUACCACGCCUGACUGCCACGUUGUUGGAGGGUGCGACCUCUACACCACCAAGGCCGCUGGCUCGGACAAGAAGCUCUACAAGUCCAUUGAAAACACGCUCGAGACACAACACGCCUCCCUGCUUCGUUUGUCUGCUUCCCUGUCCCCGCCGCAACAAGAGUCUCUUGCCGAUUCCCUCAAUCUCUCGCGUUCUUCACCAUUCGGCCCGCUCUCACAGAUAUCCUCUCGCCGUACCUUCGCAUACCUGAUAGCAACACUCAAUGCAUCCCACCCAGAUUACGAUUUCUCGCAUGUUUUGCGCCCGGCAGACUUCCGGCGCGAGCGCUCUCUCCGCGGCGUAAUGCACACCCUCGACACAACACUAUCAAAUCUCAGGCCCUCCACACUUGUGAGCUCGCCUUCGUCAUGGUCGUCCGGACCUAUACCCUCAGGCCUUCGCACACCUGGAGGUAGUACAACGUGGGGCCCACGAAUGUGGCGUCUGAUCGAUGCUGAGAUGGACUUGCGCAAAUGUAGCGUAUACGCGUACGCGCCUGAGGAAGAUCCGUUCGACGGCGACGAGGGUGCAGUGUGGCGCAUGGACUAUUUUUUCUUCAAUAAAGAACGAAAGAGAGUGUGCUACAUGUAUCUGCGCGGACUAAGCGUCAUCAGCCAUUCACCGGUGUUGCGGCCGAUGGGCACUCCGAAGCGCACGCGCAGUGGCAUGGGAGGAAUGUCAGAGCCUACGACACCGAUGACAAGUGGCGCGCGCAAGCGAGCGCGGUAUUGGUUGGGUGAGCGGGCUGAUGGGGAUGAUGUUGAGGGCGGAUGGGGCGAGGACGAUGAGGAUGCUGGGAUAAUAGCUGAACCAGGCGACGAUGAGGUCGAUGUCGAUGAUAUAACGUUGGAUCUACGUGACGUAGAGGUGGAGAGGAGAAGAGCCAUGUCCAUGGCCGUGAGCUCAGACGAGGAAGAAGAUGCUGAGGACGAAGAUGAGGAGGACGAUCUAGACGUGGUGAGACAGGAGCAGAAGCAGCACAGGGCAAUGAGCGAGACGAUGGCUGAUGAGAUGGAGUUCUGA